AAUCAAUAAUCACAAGAAGCAACAAAAUUAUGGAUCACGACAAGUCCACUUCUUGUUGCUGCGUUCUUGAUGCUUCCACUUAUGUUGGUUUCUGGAUUCUCAAGAAAUUGCUUAGCAGAGGAUACUCUGUUCACGCAGCGAUUCGUAGAAACGGGGAGAGUGAAAUUGAGGAGAUGAUCAGAGAGAUGGAAACAAAAGAAGAGAGAUUAGUGGUGUACGAUGUAGAUGUGUUGGAUUAUCAAAGCAUACUUGUCUCUCUCAAGACAUGUAACGUUGUGUUCUGUUGCUUAGAUAGCCCUGAAGGGUACGAUGAGAAGGAUGUGGAUUUGGAAGUGAGAGGAGCGAUCAAUGUGGUGGAAGCAUGUGGAAGAACAGAGAGUAUAGAGAAGAUUGUGUUCUCUUCUUCGUUAACAGCUUCAAUUUGGAGAGACAACAUUGGAACUCAGAAGGAUGUUGAUGAGAAGUGUUGGAGUGACCAAGACUUCUGUCGCAACAAGAAGUUGUGGCAUGCAUUGGCAAAGAUGUUGUCAGAGAAAGCAGCUUGGGCAUUAGCCAUGGACCGUAGGCUCAAUAUGGUCUCUAUCAACCCUGGUCUUAUCGUCGGACCAUCGGUCGCACAACACAACGCUAGGCCCACCAUGUCAUACCUCAAAGGAGCUGCACAAAUGUAUGAGAAUGGUGUGUUAGCGUACGUAGACGUUAAGUUUUUAGCGGAUGUUCAUAUUAGAGCAUUCGAGGAUGUUUCGGCUUGCGGUCGAUAUUUCUGCUUCAACCAAAUCGUCAACACAGAAGAAGAAGCUCUCAAGCUUGUGGAGAGCUUGUCUCCUUUGAUACCUAUGCCACCGAGGUAUGAGAAUGAGAUGCACGGAAGUGAAGUUUACGAAGAAAGAUUAAGGAACAAUAAAUUAAGCAAGCUGGUAGAAGCUGGCUCUGCUUGAAAGCUAGAUCGACGAUCGAAUAAGUCUCGCGUUGAAAUCUAUCUUUGUGCAAGCAAACUCUCGAAGAACCCUAGAUUGAAGAUGGUACUGAUCGAAUCAAGUGAGAGUGAGGAUGAGAUCCUCAUCAAAAACGAACAAAAGCCUUCGUCUUCAUCCUCACCUCAACCCACAGAGACAAAACAAGUCGACGGAGAUGAUUCCGACGGAUUCGAGACUGCCAGCGAACGUGAAGUUAGCGAUGAAGAAGGAGAGGAAGAUGGUACCAAAAACGACGCCAUCACGAGUCAGGAGGAACCACAACACUCGGAGAAGAAGGAAGAGCAUGUUGAGCUAAUGAGUGAAGGAGAAGUCAUAGUCGACGACGGAUCAAUCCAGGAGAAAGCUAUGGCAGAAGCAAAUGAGGCUAAAGUGGAAGGAAAUAAACUGUUCGUUAAUGGCCUUUAUGAAGAAGCAUUGUCAAAGUAUGCUUGUGCUUUAGAGCUUGUUCAGGAGUUUCCUGAGUCUAUAGAGCUUCGAUCCAUAUGCCAUUUAAACAGAGGUGUAUGUUUCCUCAAAUUGGGUAAAUGUGAAGAAACGAUCAAGGAAUGCACAAAAGCCUUAGAGCUAAAUCCUACCUACACUAAGGCCUUGGUUCGAAGGGCAGAAGCACACGAGAAACUUGAACAUUUCGAAGAUGCUGUCACGGACCUGAAGAAGAUCUUAGAACUUGAUCCUUCAAAUGAUCAAGCUAAGAAAGGGAUUCGACGUCUUGAACCUCUUGCUGCUGAGAAGCGAGAAAAGAUGAAAGAAGAGGCUAUAACUAAGCUGAAGGAGAUGGGAAACUCGAUUUUGGGUCGAUUUGGGAUGAGUGUGGACAACUUCAAGGCUGUUAAAGAUCCCAACACUGGCUCCUACUCUCUUUCUUUCCAAAACUAGUCAUUAAUAUCGUAGUGGUCUUGAUGUAUUGCUUCUACCACUUAAAGUUUAGCAACAAUAUGGUUAGUAUUGCAAUGUGUUAUUGUUCCGGAUGCAUUGGUAUUGAAA